UUCUCAGGAAGAGAAUCAGAGAAGGUCAGAAUAAAUUCACUUCCGCCUCAUCUGUCUUUCCUUUCCUGUCUACGGCCUCCAUCAACAUGGCGGUGCAAAUCUCGAAGAAGAGAAAGUUUGUUUCAGACGGCAUCUUCAAAGCCGAACUGAACGAGUUUCUGACCCGCGAGCUCGCCGAGGAUGGCUACUCUGGAGUGGAAGUCCGUGUCACUCCAACAAGGACAGAGAUCAUCAUUCUUGCUACCAGGACACAGAACGUUCUGGGAGAGAAGGGUCGCCGCAUUAGGGAGCUGACCGCAGUUGUCCAGAAGAGGUUUGGCUUCCCAGAGGGAAGUGUGGAGCUUUAUGCUGAGAAAGUUGCCACCAGGGGUCUGUGUGCCAUCGCUCAGGCUGAGUCUCUGCGUUAUAAACUGCUGGGAGGCCUGGCUGUCCGUAGGGCCUGCUAUGGUGUGCUGCGCUUCAUCAUGGAGAGCGGUGCCAAGGGUUGCGAGGUGGUCGUGUCCGGCAAGCUCAGGGGCCAGAGGGCCAAGUCCAUGAAGUUCGUGGACGGCCUGAUGAUCCACAGUGGAGACCCAGUCAACUACUACGUGGACACCGCCGUCCGUCACGUCCUGCUCAGGCAGGGUGUGCUGGGUAUCAAGGUGAAGAUCAUGCUUCCCUGGGACCCCAGCGGCAAGAUCGGCCCCAAGAAGCCCCUGCCCGACCACGUCAGCAUCGUGGAGCCCAAGGAUGAGGUUCUCCCCACCACCCCAGUGUCCGAACAGAAGGGAGUCAAGCCCGAGGUGCCGGUCAUGCCACAGGGUGCCCCUCCCCCCACUGCUUAAGUGGUUUCCAUCACGGAAGGGAGAAGACACCAUUUGGAUAUUUCUGUACAAAAAAAUAAAAAUAAGAAAUCCA